AAAGGAGAGGAGCCUCUGGACUCGUGAGUCCAGCACGUUCUUCCCCGGAACCCAAAACCGUCCUGGUCUCCCCCUCCCCAAGCCAGGCCUAGCUCAGCCACCGGCGGCGGACAUGGGGACGCGGGAGGUGUACGAGGAGAAGCUCCGCAGCGGCGCCCACCUCCACCGCGACCCCACAAUCAACCCCGGCCUCGGCUCCGCCCGCUGCCCCCGCUGCCUCUCCCUCCUCAACCCCACCACCAACUCCGGACAGGGAGACUGGGCCAUCACCUCCGUCCUGCACGACGCCACCGCCGUGACUGGUUCCGGCGCCGGCGCGAUGCUCAGUGCGGUGCACGGGUUUAAUACAGGGAUCCCGUUUGUCCAGAAGCAUGUCAAGGGGCCCAAGUGGCUGCACUUACUUGUUGGGGUUCCUCCUUUGAUCUUAUUCUCUGGUGCCAGUGCUUUAUUUGGGGCAUAUGCGCUCCCAACGUUUGCUCAGCUCACUGUGACAUCCUAUUAUGCUGCAUCAAGUGCCUCUCACUAUGCAGUUUCACAGAUCACACGCCACAUCGAGAAGACCCAUUUAUCUGGCGCUGCUGAGGAGAAGUCUUGAUUAGCUGCUAGCAGUGGGUUUGCUGGUGCACAUGCCAUGUACAUGGUAUAUAUAUGGACUCCCUGCUUCUCCAUGUUGCAGCAGUCUUAUAUUUUUUGCUGAGUUUCAGGCUCGAACCUGUUCUACCAUAAGUAUAAUUAAUUAUUAUAGCUUUGCUAA